CCCGUUUCCACUCGGAAGCUUAUUCCAGUUGCACUAUUUCAAAUAAUAAAGGCAGAAAAUGCGUCCGCGGAGCAAACUGACUCCUUGGAUCGAGAAUCUGAUCAUGAGCUACGGAAGCCUGGAGGAUCCACCCAGCGGCCACCUGAAGGCUCAUGUCAUCGGGGUGGGUCAGAUGAGCGAGUCCCAGGCUCUGGCUACCGAUGGCCCGACAGGACUGCUCUUCCUGUCUGACGGAUCGCUCCAGAUGCCCGCAGUGCUCACUGCCUCCGCCUGGGAGACCCUCCAGGAGCAGGAGGAUCGGGAGUCGUUCAGCAGCCUCCCGAACAGCACCGUGAUCCUGAAGAACUUCAUGCUGCAGUUCCACAUGGACCCGGAACAGACCAGGUGCUGGUUCUUCCUGUCAGUGGGGGAGAUGGCCACCUUUGCUGCGGGUCCCGUUAAAGACAGCCCGCCCUGCUGCACCAGCCUGGCAUCCGUUAGGAUGAAGAUCUGCAGAACCUGGAGGUCUCUGCUGGGUCAGGAGGACUCCCAGUCGAGCCAGGGUGGAAUGGAUCUGUCCGAGCUGCUGGGGGCGUGGCAGCACGACUGUCUGCAGACCCUGCUGGAGGACGUCAGGAAGAAGCUGCUGGCUCUGAGGAGCCCCCAACCCUCCACCUCUGCUCCCAGCCUGUCCCUGAGCUGCUCCACCCACUGGGACCUGGACCGGGUCAGGUACAGAGGACAGCCCAGCUUCAGCAUCCCAGAGAGGUUUCUCCUCAUUCCAGAGGGAGAUGCUGGAGCUACAAGGCAGGUGGAGGCAGAAUGCCGGAAACCUGAGCCUGCAGGUGGAGGGAUGGGAUCCCGUCCAGAUGGAGGGACGAGAACCAGUCCAGCUAGAGGGACGGGGUCCAGUCAAGCUGGAGAGACAGGGUCCGGUCCAGCUGGAGAGAUGGGGUCCAGUCGAGCUGGAGAGACGGGGUCCGGUCCAGAUGGUCCAUCUGGAGAGAUGGGGUCCAGUCCAGAUGGUCCAGCUGGAGAGACGGGAUCCGGUUCAGCUGGAGAGAUGGGGUCCAUUCCAGAUGGUCCAGCUGGAGAGAUGGGGUCCAGUCGAGCUGGAGAGACGGGGUCCGGUCCAGCUGGAGAGACGGGGUCCGGUCCAGCUGGAGAGACGGGAUCCGGUCCAGCUGGAGAGACGGGGUCCGCUCCAGUUGAAGAGACGGGGUCCGCUCCAGGGGAGCAUUCUCCUUCUCUGAUGGAGGAUGACCCUCCUCUGCCGGACCUAGCUGCCAUGCUUCCCUCAAAUCCUUGGGACAUCUACCCCCCUCCAGACGUCAGCUUUUGCUCCUCAAAUUCAUCUCCAGACUCGACUCCAACCCCGCCUCGCGCCAAUCCAGAUUGCGUUACCAUGGCAACCAGCACACAGCCUCCCAUCCACAGCUUUCUGCCUCCUUACCAGAACCAGCCUCUCGUCAGUCUUCCAGCUUCCUCUUCAUCAACAAGCCCAGCAGAACCUCAAGCAUCAGAUGGAGCAAACGCCCAGAACGGCCAGGAGGACGAUACUCAGGCGAACUACAGGAAACCCAAGAGGAAGCGCUGUGAGGAGGCAGCAGUGGAGGAAGAGGAGGAGCUCAGCGGGGGGCCUCCAUCCUGGCUCUUCGACUCCCAGAUCGGAGCGUCCAGAAGCAGGGAUGAAGACUGUCCAACACUGACCGACGCUGGAGCCGCCCUGAGAACGCCCCCCAGCGUUCACAGCGACGGCAGGCCAUUCACAUACUCCUACACAGUGACGGGUCAGAACCUGCAGGACUUCAGCCGGUUCAGAGUGGCUGCGUCUCUGCUGCACUGGGCUAUGAGGUAUCUGCUGACUCCAAAACCACCAUCAGAGAAGCCUCAUAGUGCUGUAUGA